UGCAGCAGGAGGUAAUAUUUACCGUCAGAGAGCAGGAAGUUCAACCUGAACCAAGACUUCAGACUUUUUACUGACACUCUGUGGACUCAGAUGAGUUGAUCUGAAGGUUUAAAAAUGAUUUUGUACCUGUUGGUGUUAAUGUGUGCGUCUGUGACCAUGACGGUGAGAAUUUUAUCAGCAGAUCUCAGCUGCUCUCAGCAGGGAUUGAGGUGCACCGUCCAAACAAGUAACUGCAUGGACAAAGGGUGGCUCCUCGUUAGUAACUACACGCCCAGCGGGCCUGAGGAUCUGAACGUGAUGGUGGACACCAGGCGGGAUGAGGCGGGGCGGCUCCACCCUGUUCUGGCAGCUCACUGGAAGAUCAAGGACGACGGCAGCAUCAGUUACCUGAAGGCCACAGAGCUUCAUGUUCUCGUGGUCGCCACCAACCAGAACCUGUGUGUGCGAUAUUCUUUCAAAGAUAAACUCAGCAUGAGGAAUCCCGCCAUGGAAAAGUGGUCGUUCUCAGCUGACAUGGUGGUGGUUGACCCUGGUCAACAAUACCGGGUUUCCAUCUUCAAUGUCCCCAAACCUGAGCAUGGCCACACCGACUACAAUGUUAAUGCAGAUGUCAUCGUUCCUGGUUGUCAAGAAGGCAGAAUGCGGGAGACCCGGGUCUGUGUGCAGAGCGGCAGUCUGUGGCAGCCUGAUAUCCGCGUGACACACCUCGCUGCAGCCGCAGCACCCGCUGCUCUCACCGUCUGUUUUAAUACCGACAGACUCGCACACGAGUACUUUGUGCUUGUCCGCUGCUCCGAUGUCCAACAGUGUCAGCGUGCACACAAGGACAAUCAGACAGCCCUGAAUGUAACCUUCAACUUGGACCAGUGGCCACAGUCCUGCUGCCAGUUUGUGGUGGAGAUCAAACCCAUUUUCCCACAGUGCGGCCAAGACUGUGUGCGACAAAGGACGAGUCACAAUAUAUGUCCAGAGCCCCAGCCCACAGAUGCACCUGACGCCUCCUCGUACGUGCUUGUCACCGUGGCAGUGGUGUUUCUGUUCGGGGCCAUCGGGUUUGUUGUGUGUGUUAUGUGCAGAAACAGACCAGUCAAACCAGGUGAUCCUGUGCUGCUUCAGGCCGGGGAGAAGCAGAGGCAGUAUCCACUUAAACAGACCCCCAAAGUGCUGGUCAUCUAUUCCCAGGACCACUACCUCUACAGGGACAUUGUGCUGAAGCUUUGUGCUUUCCUCCAGGCCAAGUGUGGCACCAAGGUGCUGGUAGACUUGCUGGACUCGACGUCAGUGGGCAUGGUGGGCCGCCUCCGCUGGCUGGAGUGGCAGAGACAACAGCUGAAAAACCCAGCUGACAAAAUCCUGGUGUUGUGCUCACGAGGAGUCCAGGCAAAGUGGAAGGCCAUGUGCGGAGAAGGUCAGGUGACCCUCAGAGAAGAUGUUCUUUCACCUACGGACGACAUGCUCAUUCCGUUCCUAAACCUCUUCCUGCCAGACAUGCACCAUACAGGCAUGCUGGGCAAGUACAUGGUGGCUUACUUUGAGGACGUCAGCGGUGAAGAAGACGUACCGUCAGUUUUUGGUAUUGGAGUCAAAUACAAACUGAUGAAACAUUUUGAAGAUCUGUACUUCCGAAUUUUAGAUAUUGAGAAGUAUCAGCCAGGUCAAGUUAACCACAUUGAGGGCAUCAGUGGGGAUGAAUAUUCGAACUGUCCCUCAGGCAGCACGCUGAAGGAUGCCAUUGAGGCCUUCCAGACCUACCAGCUGGAAAAUCCUGAUUGGUUUCAGACGCAGUGUGUAGAAAGUGAAGAAGACCUUAGGACUGAGAACGAAAUGAUCAUGGCUCAAGUGCAAAUCCCUCCUGUCCUCGAGUACGUUCCUCUUCUCAGAGAAGGACCUCCUGCCUGCAUGCACGAGGUGGAAAUCAAUGAAAAGGGGAACAACAUUCACGUCAUAACCCCUGAACCAAACCCAGGGUACAAACCGACGCCGGUCACCGAGCUGAGACCAGUGAUGAACCUUACAUCUUCAUUUAGCUUAGAAGAUGACCUGACCAGUCAACUGUAUCUUCAUAAACCGAGUACAGAAGCCUCCUGGAUGUACGAUCCUCUGUUAAACAGUCCGCCACAAUCUGAAGGUCGUGGGAACCCCAGUGAAGAGGAAGCACUCAGUCAAAUUCCCACGGAUGAUGAGGACGAGGAGGGUCUUCUGUCUGUAAACCACUUUUGCCAUCAGAUAGGCAGAAGAAGCUCAGUCCUACAGAACUCCCUGGAGUCGAGUCUGCCGGAAGAGUCAUUUACAGACUUGCGUGAUGAAUUUGUGUUUCAUCCAGAAACCAGCCACAGUCAGGCUGUGGAGGUGGAAGAACCAGAGGCCAUGGAGCCCUCUGAAAAGGGUCCAAGCAGUGGCUCUGAUCAAGGCUACAUGUCCAAGUUGUCCUCCCAGCAUGAAGCCCCUCUCACAGCGGAUCCACUGGCAGCUCUAGUACGGUUACAGGAGGAGCUGUUUGAGUCAAACCACCUCGAGUCAUGAAGGGAUCGACAGUCACAGGCCAAGUCCCCCUUAAGGUCCCGGUCACUGCAGGAACCAUACGUCCACUAUUUGGAAUCAAAACCGAUGACUUUUCCUGGAUGUAAGCCCAAGACUGGAUUGUAAGAGGUUAUUUGUGUGGUGUUUUCUAGUAAAAGUCACCUUUGGAGAAUUUCAAUAAAAAAAUUUACACCAUUUGGGGCAAACCAUCUUCAUGGUGGUGCCUUUGAGAAGAUGUGGUCGGACUGUUCCACUGGACAGUAGCAUGUACCACAUGUUUCUACAUGGCCUCUCCUUCUCUUCCUCCAAAAGAGAAGUUCAACUUCCCCUUUCACAUCCUUUAAUGUCUCAAAUGAAAUGUGCCAGAAGUCCAGCUUCCAGCACUGCAGAAUGACUUCAGAAAAUAGAGUUCACAUUUAUGUGCUCGUGAACUAAACUCCUCAGUGGAUACGGUUGUGAUAAAAGUACAAACCUGAAGAAAGUCCAGAGGUCUGAACUUUCUCAGUGGUGCCAUUAUGAUCCACCAACUCGGACUCGGGGGUCACAGCUUGAUGAAUGCAGAAUAAAGUGAAAUGUUGAGUUCAGAUAAUCCAAACAUGGGCAGAAACACAAGACGUCCAUGUUCUGGUGUUUGUCUUGUGGAGUGUCUUUGUCUGUGCUUGUCCUUCAUACCUCCCAGUUGCACCUUUUGCUCCAUGUUACUGUUAUGUAUUGGUGAGCGGUUGCUUCCUGCUGUUAAACAGCUGUACGUUGGCACAGCGACAGCACCCGAUUCACAAACAAACACGACCUGAUGUUAGCAACGAGCGGCACUCUGACAGUCGUCUUGCCUCAUGUCUGUUUAUUCCUCGCUGCCGUGGCCCGUGUUAGCUGCUAACUGUUAGCGCCUGCUGCCACACUGAACACUGUGGAGCGCCACUGUGUGCCCACACGGACAACAGGAAGUGGACGGUGCUGGGUUCAGGUUAAGCACAGAACCUUUGUAAACUCUACGUACCCUGAAUGCAGCCUGUAACCGUGUCGAGCUUAAAGCUUUACUCAGCGUCCGUAAGAUCAAACGAUGGCCUGGUCUGUGCGACCCCUACUGGCUAAGAAGUGAACAGCCACGUCCUGAUCCACAACUGCUGCCGUUUGAAGACACCGACAUCACGCUGUGACAUCACGUGUCUCCUGAGUCAAGGUCAAUAGGUUGACAACAAAGUGCAGGACUUGUUUUAGAAGGAAUUUUCAAAUGUUUUUUGUUGCAAAUGUGUGUUUUUUUUUGUUUUUUUUUUA